CAUAGCCACUCCAAGGCUUCUGUCACACUAUCGGUUGUUUUAGCCAUUCGUUUGGCAUUUCCAAUUUUUUGAGAUACGCUUCUCUACUAUCUUCGUGUCAAUCAAAAGUCCAAAGUCAUUCGAGCUGAUUGUACAGCUGGAUUUGUCCCCUGUCGGGCCAAAGUAACUGGUUGGGAACAGCUACCAAAAUGGCUACCUAUCCGCACCAAGCCUCGUGGAUUCAUGAUAUCGCAACGACCUCGCUCGAAGUGGGCAAAGAUGGCUUCAACGAUGCUACUGCCUGUGGCAGGCCUUCCGAAUCCCAGCCGAGCACAGGCAUCCGUAACCAUGCCUAUCAUGAGGAGAUCGCGCAGAGUCAUAUUAACAUUGGAGAAGAGGGCCCUGGCCGUCUAUAUGACGACGAUGACGGUACGAUGAGCGAAGGAUAUCUACAUGCGGAUGGAAAGUUUGAGGAGUCUGUGGGAGACCAAGACCGCCUUCGCUCACCGAUCAGAGGUGAAGAAAAGGAAAUCGAAAACCAAAACCCUGCGUCAAAUCACGCCUCUGCUGGGAACUCUCCAAGGGAAGAUGGAGGGGACGCCUCUUCCUACAGCGGCAUCACGCCGAACCGGAGCUUCUCGAAAGCCCAUCGCAACAACAGCAACAGCGCCGAACUGAUGCUUCAAGGAGUCUCUUCCAGAAGCCCCACGCCCUCACAAUCACGGCAAAGUCCCGAAAGACUUGGCUAUAAUCUGGGUGGGUAUUUCCAGUCUUGUGAGGACUGUUUUAUUGCUGGGAUGUGCUGCAUCCAUCGUACGGCGGCGGCGACGAUAGUUAUGCCUGACGGUAGAGGUAGUCUCAUCCAUGAUGGUGGCCAUGGCAAUGGCAGAGCUGCGCGUGAGCGGCAUGAGUGGCUUGUUGAGCGGAUGAAGGAGAGUUUGGCGAAGAUUGAUAGCGCUACUCACGGUGAUGGUGUGGGUUCGAGGGGGGGUGCUUGA